AUGAACAGGCAUCACGCCUUUUCCAACGGCUAUGCCGCCCACAAGAAAAGAGACGAUGAAGGUUAUAACAAAUACUCGGAUAAAUCAGAUCUCGAGAACAAGUACAUAUGGGGCAUGCCUGAUCUUGUCGAGGAUGAGAAGCACGAUGCUUCCUUUCACAAGAAAUUCGAACCCAGAAAGAGAGCUUUUCACAACCGCGCUCGUCUCAUGCGUCUAGGUGGUCUUGCCCUUGGAAUCUUCGUAUUCCUGCUCUGGCUGUUUAUUCCCUCGGCAUCCCGCGUUUCAUCGUGGUCAAACACUACAAGGUCGAUGCAAGACCAGUCAGACAUUGAAACACUACGGUACUACGACUUGGAAGACGUCCAAGGCACUUCCGUCGGAUGGGAAAGAGAAGAGCGAGUUUUGCUUUGUACACCUUUGAGAGAUGCAGCGACACACCUCGAAAUGUUCUUCUCCCACCUACGAAACUUCACGUAUCCUCACCACCUGGUCGAUCUGGCCUUCCUUGUGUCCGAUUCAAAAGAUAAUACAAAAGAACUGCUCGCGACUAUGCUCGAAGAGUUGCAAAACGACCCCGAUCCCUCUCAGCCUUAUGGAGAAAUUUCAGUCAUACACAAGGAUUUCGGACAGUCUAUCAGUCAAGAUUUCGAAAGCCGGCAUGGGUUCGCUGCGCAAGCCAGUCGGCGUAAAUUGAUGGCACAGGCACGGAAUUGGUUGCUCAGUGGUGCCUUGAGACCCUAUCAUAGCUGGGUAUAUUGGCGUGAUGCUGAUGUGGAGACCUGCCCUUUUACCAUCAUCGAGGAUUUGAUGAGACAUGACAAGGAUGUCAUUGUUCCUAACAUUUGGCGACCGUUACCCGACUGGCUAGGUGGAGAGCAGCCUUAUGACUUGAACUCGUGGCAAGAAUCCGAGACCGCUAUUGCACUAGCCGAGACAUUGGAUGAAGAUGCUGUCAUUGUGGAAGGGUAUGCCGAGUACGCCACGUGGCGGCCGCAUUUGGCGUAUCUUCGCGAUCCGUACGGAGAUCCAGACGUGGAGAUGGAGCUGGACGGUGUUGGCGGUGUCUCUAUCCUAGCCAAAGCUAGGGUUUUCCGAGCUGGUGUCCACUUCCCAGCCUUCUCCUUUGAACGACAUGCUGAGACGGAAGGAUUCGGCAAGAUGGCCAAGCGAAUGCAAUUCUCAGUGGUUGGCCUCCCACAUUACACGGUGUGGCAUCUUUACGAACCAUCAAUCGAUGAUCUCAGACAUAUGGAAGAGAUGGAAGUCGAGAAGCGCCAGCGCGAGGAGAAAGAGGCCGAAGAAGCCAAAAAGCUCAAAAAGGCACAGGAAAAUUUCCAAAAAGUCGAUUCUCAAUGGGAGAAGGACAAACAAGCGAUAGCCGAGGCCGACGAAGCAGGCAAGCCAGAGGUGAAGAAAGACGCCAAUGGCAAACCAAACACCGAGAAGGAUACGUUGAAAGGUACACCAAAGAGCGAACCCAAGACAGAGAGUGUUCAGAAGAUUAACACCUUUAAGGAUGACAAGGAGAAGACCGGUGACAAGGCCAAAGGUGGUGGCGAAGGUGAAGCUCAACGACCGGCUGCCAAUGUACCAAAGCCUGGCCAGAAGAAAGACUAUCAUGAUUGA